UACCACUCUGAACAGCUGCAGAGAGCACGGAGAAGCUACGGGACAACGCCAGAACUGCGGCAAACAUGGUCCUUCAACGUUUGCUUCAGACCUGCCUUUUCCUGCCCAUCUUCACCUCCUGUGAGUUCAUCAUUGAACCGGUUCUUUUGCGAAGCUAUCCUUGCGAUGAGGUCAUGCUAAAUAACUCUAUUAUAGCUGAGUGCAACAGUCGUCGACUAAAAGAAGUUCCCCAAAGACUGAGCCAUAAUGUGACAGAAUUGGACUUGUCUGAGAAUUUCAUCGCACACAUAACGAAUACCUCAUUUCAAGGGCUGCUGAACCUAACGAAGAUCAAUCUAAACCACAACGUCAAGCUCCACAGCCAGAGUGAGAACCCCAGGAUGAACAGGAAAGGCAUGAAUAUCACAGAUGGAGCAUUCCUCCAUCUACCAAAUCUCCAGGAACUAUGGCUGGAAGAUAACCAACUCCAGCACAUCCCUGCAUCCUUGCCAGGUUCUUUGAGGCGCCUGCGACUCACUCAGAACAACAUUAUUUCACUGACGGAAAAUGACACUUCAGGUCUCGAGAAACUGAAAGUUCUCUUUCUGGAUUGGAACUGUUAUUUUGGCAAUAUUUGUAAUAAAACAUUGGAUAUUAAAAACAAGACAUUUGAAAACCUUAAAACACUGAGUCUGCUAUCAUUGUCUUUUAACAACCUUUACCACGUGCCCCCGAAACUGCCCAACACGCUCGAAGAACUUUAUCUCAGUAACACCAAGAUCCAGAAGAUCGGUCAGGAAGACUUCAUGGAACUGAGAAAUUUGAGAGUCCUGGAUCUAAGCGGGAACUGUCCGAGGUGCUUCAAUGCCCCGUUUCCUUGUACACCUUGUGCCCAAGAUGCGUCCAUUCAAAUACAUCCUUUGGCUUUUCAAACCCUGAACCAACUUCGCUACCUAAACCUCUCCAGCACGUCCCUCCGCAACAUUCCUGCUACCUGGUUUGAAAAUAUGACUCACCUAAAGUUGCUCCAUCUAGAAUUCAACUAUUUGUUGCCAGAGAUCGCCUCAGGUGAUUUUUUCACAAAAUUGUCUAACUUAGAAAUACUUGAUUUAUCUUAUAACUAUAAGAAGACGGAAUAUCCAACAUAUGUUAAUAUUUCCAGAAACUUCUCUUAUCUGACAGCCCUCCGGAUACUGCAUUUUCGAGGGUAUGUCUUUCAGGAACUCAGAAAAGAGGAUUUCCAGCCUGUGAUGAGUCUCCCAAAUUUAACGACUAUCAACUUGGGUGUUAACUUUAUCAAGCAAAUUGAUUUUACUAUUUUCCAAAAUCUCUCCAACCUGAGCAUCAUUUAUUUGUCAGAAAAUAGGAUAUCACCUUUGGUGAAUAACAUCAGGCAGAAUUCUUUCCAAAGUCACAUCCGCAAGCCACGCUUCACAAAUCUUGAAUUUGACCCUCAUUCCAAUUUUUAUCAUAACACCAACCCUUUAGUAAAGCCACAGUGCUCAGAUUAUGGGAAAGUCUUAGAUUUGAGCUUAAACAAUAUUUUCUUUAUUGGGGAAAAGCAAUUUGAAGCUUUCAGUGACAUUGCCUGCUUAAAUCUAUCUUCAAAUGGCAACGGUCAAGUGCUCCAUGGGACUGAAUUUAAAGCUGUGCCUCACAUCAAGUAUUUAGAUCUGACAAACAAUUGGCUAGACUUUGCCGAUGACUCUGCACUCAGUGAACUGACCGAGUUAGAAGUCCUAGAUCUCAGCUACAAUGCACACUAUUUCCGGAUUGCAGGAGUGACGCACCGUCUCGGUUUCAUCCAAAAUCUAACACAUCUAAAAGUUUUAAACUUGAGCCAUAACAGCAUUUUCACACUGACAGAGUACCAGCUGAACAGCACAUCCCUGGAAGAAUUAGUUUUCAGUGGCAACCGCCUGGACCUUUUGUGGAAUGCUGAUGAUAGCAGAUACAGGCAACUUUUCCAGCAUCUGAAAAACCUGACGAGGCUGGAUUUAUCCCUUAAUAACCUCCAGAAUAUCCCGGAUGAAGUGUUCUAUAACUUGCCCCCUCGUCUUACCCAACUUUUUCUAAAUGACAACAGAUUACAUUUCUUUAACUGCACAGUACUCCAGCACUUUCCUAAUCUCCAAGUGCUUGACUUAAGUAGAAAUAAGCUCUCCUUUUUAAACGGUAGCCUGUCUGAAUCCACAUCUCUUAAGACACUGCUACUGAGACAAAACAGGAUUUCCCAACUGCCCUCCAGCUUUCUUGCCGAAGCCAGCAGUCUGACAUACCUUGAUUUAAGUCACAACUCGAUAAAGAUGAUCAAUAAAUCCACACUUCAAACUAAGGACGGUGCCAAGUUAAAGAUUUUGGAUCUUGGUGGAAACCCUUUCGACUGUACCUGUGACAUUGGAGACUUUCGCAUGUGGAUUGAUGAAAACACGAAGGUCAGAAUUCCAAGAUUGGCAGAUGUCACCUGUGCCAGUCCUGGAGAUCAACAUGGACAGAGCAUUAUGAGUCUUGAGCUAACAACCUGUGUUUCGGACACCAUUGCAGCCACACUGUGUCUCUUCACAUCCUUUAUCACCAUCGCGGUGAUACUGGCUGCCCUGGCUCACCACUGGUUUUACUGGGAUGUCUGGUUCGUCUACCACAUGUUUUUGGCUAAGGUGAAAGGCUAUCGGUCUCUUUCUACAUCCCAAACUUUCUAUGAUGCUUAUGUUUCCUAUGACACCAAAGAUGCUUCUGUUACUGACUGGGUGAUCAACGAACUGCGCUUUCAUCUUGAAGAGAGUGAAGAAAAAAGUGUGCUCCUCUGUUUGGAGGAGAGGGAUUGGGACCCAGGAUUGGCCAUCAUCGAUAACGUCAUGCAGAGCAUUAACCAAAGCAAGAAAACGAUAUUUGUCUUAACCAAAAACUAUGCAAGAAACUGGAACUUUAAAACAGCGUUCUACUUGGCCUUGCAGAGACUCAUGGAUGAGAACAUGGACGUGAUUAUUUUUAUCUUGCUGGAGCCUGUGCUGCAGCAUUCUCAGUAUCUGAGGCUACGGCAGCGGAUCUGCAAGAGUUCCAUCCUCCAGUGGCCUGACAACCCCAAGGCGGAAGGUCUGUUUUGGCAAAGUCUGAAAAAUGUGGUCUUAACAGAAAAUGAUUCCCGAUACAAUAAUUUGUAUGUGAAUUCCAUUAAGCAAUAUUAACUGAUGUUGUCACAGUUCACCCGCAUAAUAAAAUGCAGAGCAAUUACCCAUGUGUCUCAGUUCCCUAUUGCUGGGUAGCAAAUGACCCCCAGAUUGAGUGGCUUGCAUCUGAUGCCCGUUUGUUAUCUCUCUGGCCCUGUGAGUCAGAAAUCCAGGUCUAGGCUCAAUGUCCUCUGUUCAGACUCCCUCAGAGACCCUGCACACUAGGGAUCAGGUUGGGUUACAGGCAUCUCCUGGAAUUAGGAUCCACUUCAUAGUUCACACUCAUA